GACCGCGCCGGCAGGGUUUGGGGCCUUCCGGGGAGAGGAGAGAGCGCGCGGCGAUGGCGGCGGCGCCGGCCCUGAAGCACUGGCGCACUACGCUGGAGCGGGUGGAGAAAUUCGUGUCGCCGCUCUACUUUACCGACUGUAAUCUCCGCGGCAGGCUCUUCGGAGACAGCUGCCCAGUGGCCGAGCUCUCCAGCUUCUUGACGCCCGAAAGGCUUCCCUACCAGGAGGCAGUCCAGCAGGAUUUCCGCCCCGCGCAGGUCGGCGACAGCUUCGGACCCACAUGGUGGACCUGUUGGUUCCGGGUGGAGCUGACCAUCCCAGAGGCAUGGGUGGGUCAGGAAGUUCACCUUCGCUGGGAAAGUGAUGGAGAAGGCCUGGUGUGGCGUGAUGGGGAACCUGUCCAGGGUUUGACCAAAGAGGGGGAGAAGACCAGCUAUGUCCUGACUGAAAAGCUGGGGGAAGAAGACCCCCGGAGCCUGACCCUCUAUGUGGAAGUAGCCUGCAGUGGGCUCCUGGGGGCCGGGAAGGGAACCAUGAUCGCAGCCCCUGACCCAGAGAAGAUGUUCCAGGUGAGCCGGGCUGAGCUGGCCGUGUUCCACCGGGAUGUCCACAAGCUCCUGGUGGAUCUGGAGCUGCUGCUGGGGAUGGCCAAGGGCCUCGGGGAGGACAACCAGCGCAGCUACCAGGCCCUGUACACAGCCAACCAGAUGGUGAACAUAUGUGACCCCGCCCAGCCGGAGACCUUCCCAGUGGCCCAGGCCCUGGCCUCCAAGUUCUUUGGCCAACGUGGGGGUGAAGGCCAGCAUACCAUCCAUGCCCUGGGGCACUGCCACAUUGAUACAGCCUGGCUCUGGCCCUUCAAGGAGACCGUGCGGAAAUGUGCCCGGAGCUGGGUGACAGUCGUUCAGCUCAUGGAGCGGAAUCCUGAGUUCAUCUUUGCCUGCUCCCAGGCACAGCAGCUCGCGUGGGUGAAGAGCCACUACCCUGGCCUGCAUGCCCGGCUCCAGGAGUUCGCCUGCCGUGGGCAAUUUGUGCCCGUCGGGGGCACCUGGGUGGAGAUGGAUGGGAACCUUCCCAGUGGAGAGGCCAUGGUGAGGCAGUUCCUGCAGGGACAGAGCUUCUUCCUGCAGGAGUUUGGGAAGAUGUGCUCUGAGUUCUGGCUGCCAGACACAUUCGGCUACUCAGCGCAGCUCCCACAGAUCAUGCGCAGCUGUGGCAUCAGGCACUUCCUCACCCAAAAACUGAGCUGGAACCUGGUGAACAACUUCCCGCACCAUACCUUUUUCUGGGAGGGGCUGGAUGGCUCCCGGGUGCUGGCCCACUUCCCGCCUGGUGACUCAUAUGGGAUGCAGGGCAGUGUGGAGGAGGUGCUGAAGACUGUGGCCAAAAACCGGGACAAGGGGCGUACCAACCACAGUGCCUUCCUCUUUGGCUUUGGGGAUGGGGGUGGUGGCCCCACCCAGACCAUGGUGGACCGCUUGAAGCGGCUGUGCAAUACAGAUGGGCUGCCCAGGGUGCAGUUCUCUUCUCCGGAGCGACUCUUCUCGGCGCUGGAGGGCCACUCGGAGCAGCUGUGCACGUGGGUCGGAGAGCUCUUCCUGGAGCUACAUAAUGGCACCUACACCACCCAUGCCCAGAUCAAGAAGGGGAACCGGGAGUGUGAGCGGAUCCUGCAUGACGUGGAGCUGCUCAGCAGCCUGGCCCUGGCCCGCAGUGCCCAGUUCCUCUACCCGGCCGCCCAGCUACAGGACCUCUGGAGGCUCCUGCUUCUGAACCAGUUCCACGAUGUGGUGACUGGAAGCUGCAUCCAGCUGGUGGCAGAGGAAGCCAUGUGCCACUACGAAGACAUCCGUUCCCGUGGCAACACGCUGCUCAGUGCUGCAGCCGCAGCCCUUUGUGCUGGGGAGCCAGGUCCUGAGGGCCUCCUCAUUGUCAACACACUGCCCUGGAAGCGCACUGAAGUGCUGGCCCUGCCCAGGCCUGGUGGGGCCCACUGCCUAGCUCUGGUGACAGUGCCCAGCAUGGGCUAUGCUCCCGCUCCCACCCCCACCUCGCUGCAGCCCCUGCUGCCCCAGCAGCCUGUGUUUGUAGUGCAGGAGACUGACGGUUCUGUGACUCUGGACAACGGCAUCAUCCGGGUGAGGCUGGACCCAACUGGCCGCCUGACGUCUCUGGUGCUGGUGGCCUCUGGCAGGGAGGCCAUUGCUGAGGGUGCCGUGGGGAACCAGUUUGUGCUGUUCGAUGAUGUCCCCCUGUACUGGGACGCGUGGGACGUCAUGGACUACCACCUAGAAACACGGAAGCCAGUGCUGGGCCAGGCAGGGACCUUGGCCGUGGGCACUCAGGGUGGCGUGCGGGGCAGCGCCUGGUUUCUGCUGCAGAUCAGCCCCAAUAGUCAGCUCAGCCAAGAGGUGGUGCUGGACGUCGGCUGCCCCUAUGUCCGCUUCCACACCGAGGUGCACUGGCACGAGGCCCACAAGUUCCUGAAGGUGGAGUUCCCUGCCCGUGUGCGGAGCCCCCAGGCCACCUUUGAGGUCCAGUUCGGACAUCUGCAGCGGCCCACCCACUACAACACCUCUUGGGACUGGGCCCGAUUUGAGGUGUGGGCCCACCGCUGGAUCGAUCUGUCAGAGCACGGCUUUGGGCUGGCUCUGCUCAAUGACUGCAAGUAUGGCGCGUCAGUGCGAGGCAGCGUCCUCAGCCUCUCCCUCUUGCGGGCGCCCAAGUCCCCUGACGCCACGGUUGACAUGGGGCGCCACGAGUUCACCUACGCGCUGAUGCCGCAUGAGGGUGAGUGCUGCGGCCCCGAUACCUCUCUGCCCCGCUCAGCCUCGGUUGCCCCAACGGUAAGUGGGGAGCUCUCCAGCAGUCCCACGCCCCUACCCUCAUUUUCCACGACGCGUCCCUUUCCGGUCUGCGCCCAGGGUCCUUCCAAGACGCUGGCGUUAUUCCCGCUGCCUACAGCCUCAACUUCCCCCUGUUGGCGCUGCCCGCCCCAGGCCCGGCACCCGCCGCCGCCUGGAGCGCCUUUUCAGUGUCCUCGCCCGCAGUCGUGUUGGAGACCGUCAAGCAGGCAAGGGCCGGUGGAGUGCGGGGAGCGGGCCGGGGUCCCGAGCUGGGCCCGCCCUCGGCCCCACCCACCACCACCUCCCUCCGUAGGCGGAGACCAGCCUCCAGGGCCGCAAGCUGGUCCUGAGGCUGUACGAGGCCCACGGCAGCCACGUGGACUGCUGGCUGCACAUGUCGCUGCCGGUUCAGGAGGCCGUCCUCUGUGACCUCCUGGAGCGCCGUGACCCUGCUGGCCCCCUGCCCCUUCGGGACAGCCGCCUGAAGCUCACCUUUUCUCCCUUCCAAGUGCAGUCCCUGUUGCUCGUGCUGCAGCCCGCACCGAGCUGAGAUGAGUCCCUGAGCGUGGGGUUUUGUUUGUGGAAGGCUUUGGGGGCUCCUCAUUUCUGCCUGUCAAGCCUGAAGCAAGGAUAGUUACCUCUUGAACAAUAAACGCUUGGCUUAGGAACCCUGCUGGUAGCCCCUGCUCAGUCCGCUCAGGUCCCAAACUCAGGCAUUGAGGGGGGAAGUUUUUACCCUAGGCAUCUGGGGACAGGGGCAAGAUCUAAGGUUAUCUGUGCGCGCAGGGUCUGGAUUGCAGGCCCCAUGACAGAGACGGGGGAUAUCGGUGACCAUAAGCUGACUGUAAGACCACGAUAUAAGACGCUCUUCUGGGACUUCCCUGGCGGUCCAGUGGUUAAGACUCUGAGCUUCUAAUGCAGGGGACGGGUCGGGAAACUAAGAUCCCGCAUGCCAUGUGGUGCGGCCGGUGGGGUGGGGGGAAAAGAAGCAGCAGCAGCUCUUCCCCCGUGUCCACAGGCAGAGGGCCUGGGGCUGGGGAGGAGGCCUGGAGGGUGGGUUCUGGCUGGUCCCCACUAGGAGGGGAGCAUUGACUAGUCUGGACUAGGCUAGGGGAGCAGCCACAUGAGGAAUCCUGGACUGGAGGAGCUGUAGAGCCUGGGCUGCCCCGGGGGACGGGGUGGGUCUCUGCACCACCUCUGAAGGGCUGUCCCUGCAGAGGCAGACUGUCCUGAGAGCCAGGGCCUUGAGGCCUGGGAUGGGGCUCAGUCUGCCAUGCUGAGGCAGUGGCCCUCCUGUCCCCAGGGCUGGGCACCAGGCCUUCCACAUUCGGUUUUCCCAGACCUUCUGCAGCCAACCCAAGAAGUUCAAGGUUUAUCAGUUUACUAAAAAUUACAGCCUUUUUCACGUGGGCUUAAAAAAUGGGGACAAUGGGUACAAUUAAAAACAUCAUAGUUGUACAGGGAAUGGCCACAGGGCCAGGGGCAGCCAGUCCCCUGCAACUUCCAGGAAGCCGCACAGGCCCAGAUCCAGGGCAGCAGGAAGGGGUGGAUGCAAGCAAGGAGACCCUCCUGCUAAGAGGCUGAGGUCUCCUCAGGCUCCGAGGAUGGGGUGUCAGCCUUGAUCUUUUGGGGUCUGCGGUGGCCUGUGGGGAGGACAGGUGAGGUGGCAGCUCGGACCCCAGGCUGAGGACUCUGUCCCAACAGCCUCCCUGCCACCUUUGUCGACGUGUUCCUCCCACCCGCACUGCCAUCCCUUCCUCUCCUGGAGAGCCCGUUUUGGUGGUGCCCCUUCCCUCCCUAGAGGAAGAUGCUGAGGAAGGCCCACCUGAGGUCGCUGGUUGCCUCCUCCUCUUCCCUUUCUCAGGGACGCAGGGGGCUUCUGGGUCCCGUUGGAGGCUGGUCCCCUCGGGCUGCUGGGCCGCAGUCUGCUCAGGAAGGCCUCUCCGUGCCCUUCGUGUCCUUGAAGGGGCCUUGUUUGGAGAUGGAGGAUUCUGGGUGGAGAAGACACGGGUCCCUGAAGAGCUCAGCAAGUCACAGGUUGGUUAGAACCCACCAUUGCCCUCCAUUGUCAAGGGAAGGAGCUGCCCAAGAGCCUGGCCUGGGAGGUACAGCCAGGACAGGAGAGGGUACAGGGAGGGGGUAGGAGCAGGGAGACAUACCUCCACUUGGUCCUCAGGACCCCUCUGUGCUCCCUUGGAUUUCUUCUUGCGGGACUUGCCCCCUGCAGGAUACUGUUGCUGAUGGGGUUGGAGGGCCUUGUGGCCGCAGCCCCCUUUCUCUAGACUCCCAUGCU